AUGGGGCUGUUUAUACGCGCUGGCGCCACUGUGCUGCUCCCCGCGGUGUUCACCUCGCCCAUCCGCCCCGACGUCGUCCAGGAGGUUCACUCGGCCCUCGCCAAGAACCGCCGUCAGGCCUACGCCGUCUCGCGCCGCGCUGGCAUGCAGUCGUCGGCCGAGUCGUGGGGUACCGGUCGCGCCGUGGCCCGUAUUCCCCGCGUGCCCGGUGGUGGCCAGGGUGCCUUCGGUAACAUGUGCCGCGGAGGUCGCAUGUUCGCCCCGACCAAGACCUACAGGAGGUGGCACCGCAAGGUCAACGUCAACCAGAAGCGUUUCGCUCUCUGCUCGGCGCUCGCCGCGUCGGCCGUCCCCGCCCUCGUGAUGGCCCGUGGUCACAAGAUCAGCCAGAUCCCCGAGGUGCCGCUCGUCGUCGCCACCGAGGCCGUCAAGGACGUCACCAAGACCAAGCACGCCGUCGCCCUCCUCAAGAAGCUCAACGCCUAUGAGGACGUCGAGAAGGUCAAGGAUUCCCGCAAGAUCCGUCGUGGUGUGGGUAAGAUGAGGAACAGGCGCCGCGUCCAGAGGCGUGGUCCCCUCGUGAUCUACGAUCAGAAGUCCCCCCUCGUCUUCGCUUUCAGGAACAUCCCCGGUGUGGAGCUCUGCAGCGUUGAGCGCAUGAACCUCCUCCAGCUUGCCCCCGGUGGUCACCUCGGCCGCUUCGUCAUCUGGACCAAGGAUGCCUUCGAGAAGCUCGAUGCCAUCUACGGCACCUACACCAAGAAGUCGACUGAGAAGACGCACUUCACCCUGCCCCGUCCGCUCAUGACCAACGCCGAUCUCACCCGCAUCAUGACCUCCGACGAGGUCCAGAGCCACCUCCGCAAGGCCAACCGCAAGCCCACCCGCACCAUCCGCAAGAAGAACCCCUUGAAGAACCGUGGUGUGAUGAUCAAGCUCAACCCCUACGAGAAGACCCGCAUCAGGAACCAGAUCCUCCAGGAGAAGGCCCGCGCCGAGAAGAAGGACGCCAUCCUCGCCAAGAAGAGGGAGCACUUCAAGAAGUCCAAGCAGAUCAAGAAGCAGCGCGCUGAGUACUACAAGGCUCUCCUCCACAACCCCCGCGUCUACGAGGGCAUCUACAAGAAGCCCGAGGUCACCGAGGAGGCUGCCGACCAGUAA